ACGCGACGCGAACGCGCAGAAGCGUAAAGCGCGUCGAACGUGCCUUCCCUGUUUUGCAGCCCCCUCGGCCCAUAAACACUCCUCGGACCUCGACCUCGCACCCACACGACACAUCACUUAUCGACAUUGUUCCAGAUAUUUCAUCGUCGCAUCAAUUUCAGUAUCUUCAUCAAUAAUGUCGCCUAUCGCUCCCGGUCAGCUCCCGGCUGAGCUCGUCAACCUCCUCGCGUUACACUCUUCCUUCCUGACCGCGCUGUCGCUGCACUACGCCCACAAUGGCACUUCAACGCCUGCCGAUCUUCGAGACCUGAUUGCAUCAACGACAUUGGUCUGGCGGCAACGCAAAGUCACGUACGAUGACAUCCGACUGCUCAUCGGCAUCCUCGACCAUGGCCCUUCCGGCAACAACAACCCCUACUACCUGUCAGAUUAUGGCCGCGGCAAGGUCUGCAUCGAGAUCAAGGACAGCAGUCCGAUGAUGAACGGCAUGACACAUAUGAACGAAGAGGGAUUGCAAGACAUGUUCAAAGAAGGCUUAGACACUCUAUGGACGCAAUGGUGCACGUCGCAGAAGAUGAUGACUCGACCAAUUGCGGUACCCAAGCGUGGACGGGGACGCCCAAAAAAGGCCGAUGUCAAGCAAGCAUGCAUGGACACGUUUCUCGACGACGCUUCCAUGUCUAAGUUCCUGAGCCAGCUUCCUCUCGCCGAAGUCACCACAUGCGAGUCCCUCACCGCACUCGCGCCAGCACAAGAGAAGGGACGCAAGAGGUUAAGGGAGUUCAAGGAGAGUGUACAGCAAGGCCGUGCACAGAAGAAGACGAGACCCUCUGUCGGAAAGGAGAACGAGACGCCCUUAGGCCAGAACCAACAAGCUCAACUCGCCCAGCCCAAGAUUACCGAAUUCGCUGCCGUCCGUAAGACGAACCUGCUCGACCGUAUUCUCGCAAAGCAAGAAGCUGCAAAGGCUGGUCCCGCAGCGCCGACUCCUGCCGAACUCCAGCGAAAGGCAGCUCUACAACGCACUCCAGAGGUCAUUGGCGUCCUUUCCCUACUGUGCGCGAACAGACCCGGAUCGCGCGUUUCCUUCUCCACAACCACCCUCCUGCAAGCAAUUCAAGGCUCUAUCCGAUCUCCGAUUUCGAAAGACGAGGCAAUGAAGUGUGUUGAGGUUCUGGCUAGCGAAGUCGCCCCAGGAUACGUGUCAGUCGUCAGCAUGGGCAGUAUUUCUAGUGUUGUCAUCAACCAGAUGAUGAGGCCCACGGACAUCAAGAGCAGGCUUAUCGCGCUGGGCACUUGAAGACCUGUUGUUUUCAUUCUGUUAUCUUUGGAUGUUUCUGCAAGUCAGUGAGCUCACUUUGAGCCACUUUUAGUUAUUGUUUGUUUACCGCAUCAUUUUAGCGAGCGCAUUUCGUUCUUUCGCUGUACAUUACAUUAGCCCUCUAGCAUAUCCUAAUCGCACAAUACAUUGAAAGUCGAUGUUUU